UCUGUUCCACCGUCUGCCUCAAUGCCCGAUUCUGCAUCUAUGCCGCAGUCAGCAUCUAUUCCCAGCACCUCACAGCCUCAGGUGCCAAUAUCUUCUGCCAUAUUGGCAAGAUUGGAGCGUGUUGAAAAGGAACAACUUGCUUUGAAGCAAGGCCAGACUGAUAUUUUGAAAGGGCAGAAUGAGAUAAUGGGUUACUUGAAGACCCUAUUGGCUCUUAUGGGAGAUCAGAGAAGGCCCAGCGCAGAGGCAGAGCCACAGCCAGACGCCGUGUCUCCAGGAGAUGAGUUCAUUCUUCCGAAUGAUUACAGACCUAAUGAUGUGGAAGAUGUACUCCAGACACCUCAGAACAUGUCGGUCACGUCCAUUAGAGAUACCCAAGAUUCAGAGGUUCAGGUUUUAGAGACCGUUCCAACACCGGUGGAGAAGAGAACGAAGAAAAGGCCAAGGUGGUUUGACGAGUACACCGAAAUGAAGAAGAAGAUGAAGCCAUCAACAACCAAUGUGAAUGUUGACCCACUUCGGCCCGUUGAUGAGAAGCUACUACAUAGUUUUCGAAAUUGGUUAGUGGGAACCAUCGGAAACAAGUAUCCGAGGGACGUCUUCACCGGGCUGUGUGGCGUGGCUUGGUUCUCGACCCUAAAUACAGACAAACUAUGGCUUUCUGAUGACCAUUUGGAUGCUGCUUUCCAUAUGAUGAGGAGGAGGCAACACUUCUUCCCGGAGUUGUACCCACGUAAGUGUACUGUGAUGCCAUCUUGGUUUACCUCAUCGUUGAGGGGUCGGUGGGAUGCUUGGAAGAGCAAUACUGACCAUGAUGGUUUUGUUUGGGAUGAGUCCAUCUUGGAACUCCUUCGUGGGGAUCCAAACCAAUUUUUGCCUUCUUGGAAGGGUAUGGAGUGCAUAUACAUGGCCAUGUUCUUGAACGGACCGAAAUAUUGGAUCGCUAUGGAGGUCAAUCUUGAGUUGUGGAAGAUAUUCCUCUUCGAUUCGAGUCUUGGAUCUCUAACGAAAGACGAACUGAAUUCGCUUAUGGAUGUGUGGUGCCCUUUACUAGCCAAAUUGGUGGACCAGUGUGGUGUAUGUGACACUCAUUACAUGGUGAUGGUCCCUCAAAUGACAGCCUCCGAAAGUCAGGUCAGACCCUUCGACUGGGAAAUGAUGGACAAUAAAGUUGUACCUCAGACAAAAUCGAGCGGCGAUUGUGGAAUGUACGUCAUAGAGCAUAUUGAGCAUAAGUUAUUGGAUCUACCAUUCGAUGGAGUACAUGAUCAGCAUAUGUCGCUCUUUCGCCAGAGAUGGGCAGUAGAUUUAUUCUACCAGAAUUUGGCAUGAACUUUAGAUGUUUAAUUUUUUAUAUUUGUUGAACAAUGUUUACUUUUACACUUUUCAAAUUGAACAAACUACUUUCA